AUGAGAAAACGACGAUCAGACAAGAAUACUUGCUUUUUGGAUGAAGGAUUAGACGAUAGGAAGAGUAUAGUCUGAAAGAGGCGCAAAAUUCUGGCAAACAUUGACGCUAUAUGUCUGGCCGCAGUCCGACUCACAAUGGGUGGGGCAGGGCAUUUUGAAGGAAGCCAAUCUAAUAAUGCGGGAUUGAUCAAACUCUUGAAAGCCUCGUAGAGUUUAUACUUCUCAAACUGAUGCAACAUGAAGUCAAUUGGGAGAAUAUGACAGAAAUUUAUAAGAAAACUGGAAAUUCGAUCUAUUAGAAGAGGAGUUGAAAAGACCCCGGAAUUUUCAAUUUGUUCCAUAUUAUUCUUCCCCUUGUAGCUUUGGAAUAUUGGAGUAGGUUGGUAGUUAUUCAGCAUCUCAGAUAGGAGAGAAAAAAAUCGAUAUUGUUCCAGCAUGUGCUUGAGGGCAUCCGAGCCGACUACUUGUGUUCCUGUGCGAGAGUCAGUAUAAGAGGGCACGGGAUAACAGUUUGGGCCUUGGUGUCUUGGAAUGAUUGCAAUGAGGUUUGUAAGUAAAUGAACAGCUGCUGAUUUCGUUUUCGGGGAUUCAGCUGAACUGGUUAAUAUAAUAAAUGCCAUAUUCCAGGGAUCACAAGAUCUUUCUUGGAUAGCGGAAGGCAAGGAAACAAGUUGAGCGAGAAUGGUAAGUGACAAAAAGCGUACCUCGCUAUUUUUAUCCUUGGAAAUCAGUUCGAAAACCAAUGACGUAAGGCUCGAAUUUUCCAAGAAUUUACCUGAUUUCGUCCAGUUUUGGAAAGUUAAUAGUAACACAGCAUUAUGCAAAAGCUUCAAAGUAGGAUAAAGAAUUCCAUUAUGCGGGGGAAAACUUUGCUGAAGAUCCAAAAUUUUCUGAAUUAACUUCUCGAUAAGUUGGCAAAUUUCGGUGAAAACGGGUUCUGUUCGUUGCACACCAAGAAUCCAUGAAGGUCUCUGA